AUGGUCCUAACAAAGCAGAGAUCACCUCGAAACCCCGAUGACUUCCCGACUGUUCAGCUAUUUUUGUUAGCUAUCGUUCGUCUAGCCGAGCCCAUCGCCCUCACCUCCAUCUUUCCGUAUGCCUGGGCUUUAGUCAAGCGAUUUAAAAUCGGCAACGAGCAAGAUGCCUCGUUUUACGCUGGCCUCCUUAUCUCCUCAUUCGCCCUCGCUGAGGCGCUAAUGGGGAUGUAUUGGGGAGGACUUUCGGAUAGAAUCGGUCGAAAGCCCGUCCUUCUCGUAGGAUGUGUUGGCACUAUGUUCAGUAUGGUUAUGGUAGGGUUUGCUACCAACCUCUGGAUUGCUUUGAUCGGUCGAGCACUCGGCGGACUUCUGAAUGGAAACAUUGCAGUUAUUCAGACCAUGGUUGGCGAGCUAGUCACCAAACCUGAACACGAGCCUCGCGCUUAUUCGGUCAUGCCGUUCGUCUGGUCCAUUGGAACAAUUAUCGGGCCAGCAAUUGGAGGAAUGCUAGCAGACCCCCAUGAGUCUUGGCCUGAAACGUUCCCUCAGGGCACCCUAUUCGCAAACUUCCCCUAUCUCCUCCCUAACCUCUGUUGUGCUGCUCUUCUAAUGAUUAGCAUUUGUUUGGGGUAUUUCUUACUUGAGGAAACGCACCCUGAUAUGGUUCCGCGGGUAAUGCUACCCGAUGACACCUAUGUUUCCGACGAGACUCCCCUUAUAGAGACUUCAGAUGCUAUCAAGCAACCAGCAGUCGAUCUACGUUCGGAGACGUACGGAACUUUCCGGGGUAGGGAAAGCGGUGAAUUUAACCGUGAUGUGAUUUCCGCGAAAGCACCAGUAAAGAAGGGCGAAUUCACCAUUUUCACCAAGCGCAUCGUGGCUCUGGUCAUUUCGCUUUCUAUCUUUACUUAUCACUCGAUGACUUAUGACCAUCUCCUCCCCAUUUUCUUCGAGGAUGACAAAGUCCCUAUCAACCACGCCCCAGAUGAGGGUUUUCUCUCUAAAUUCAAUCCCCUUUACUCGCCUGGUGGCUUAGGUCUUUCCAUGCAGUCCGUAGGGUUUAUAAUGGCUGUAAAUGGAGCCAUUGCACUCUUCGUUCAAGUUUUCGUCUUCCCCUUAGCCGCCGAGAAGAUCGGCGUCUUUAGGCUCUUCAUUAUUGUCAACGUCCUCCAUCCGAUUGCCUACGUUAUUGUCCCUGCACUGGUCCAUGUGCCAGACUCGAUCCUAUACGCCGCGAUUUAUUUUUGCUUAAGCGUCAGAAAUCUUUUCUCUAUUAUCUUGUAUCCUCUACUGCUCAUCCUUAUCAAGGAUGCGACCCCCAGCUCGUCUGUACUUGGCAAAGUAAAUGGUCUAGCAGCUAGUGCUGGAGCAGCUUGCCGUAUGAUAGCCCCGCCUGUGGCAGGCUAUCUCUACUCAAUUGGGUCGCAGAUUGACUGCACCGGUCUCGCAUGGUACGGAAGUGCUCUUGUUGCCGUAAUUGGCGCUUUUCAGUGUUUUUCAGUUAAGCGAGAACGGAAUGAAAUUGUCUCGGAGGAGACGGGACCAAUGAUUAAGGACAAUCAUGUUACCGUUACGACCACUGAGAUGAAUGAGGACGAGCUAUGAAUCCUCUAGCAAGCGUAUCGUUAUAUACGCAGCUACAAGCCAUGAAAUAUUGGCUAUCUCUAAAAGACGGCUUUUGAUGAUUUAUGAUACGUUUCGGGAUGUGGAUGUACAUGACCACGGGGUGGGUUAACGAGGAAAGGCAUCAUUUGGGGGGAUUAACUCGGCGUUUUGGAGUGAGGUUCGAAAAAAGGCAUGAAAAAAAAUAAAGGGGUUAGCUUAGGUAUGUGACGAUAUCCUCUGACGCGCGUUUGGAUAGAGAUGGCUUGUACUACCGGUUCACUUUCACCUUAUUCCGCGUGAUUUGUCUUGGGGUUUAUUUAGUCUUUAUAUCUUGAGUAAUCUCUAAAAUAGUAAUAUACUUAUUUGGAUUUGUAUA